GUCUCUGGCAAAUUUCACUCAUGUGUAGCAGAAACUUCAAAUCUUCUUCUACCCUCAAAACUCAAAAGGGAAGACCGUCUGCUUCGCUUUGGUGUCUAACAAAAUUUACUUGACUGACGAAACUGUUGUUUACACUUCAGGGAGAAGUCUGACUCCUCCCCCUACUUUAAAAAAAAAAAAAGAAAAAAAGUCGUCGUCUCGCUCCAACAGUUCUUUUGAUUCAGCGGAGUCUUUCUCACCCAGAGUUUAACUUCGAAAGACACAUUUAGAAGGAGAACUUCAUAAAUUAGAUUGAAAGAACUUCAACAUGCUUGACCUAUCGACGCCAUAUAAGCCAAAGAACCUGCCAGAAGGCAACGUCUUAUGCGCUGAAUUGAUACAAAAGGGACACAAAGCUGCAUCCAAGUUUUUGGCUAAAGAAAAGAAGGACAUGUACCCUGAAACAGGAACCCCUACGGAAUGUAGCAUGUGGUGGUUGCAGGGCAAAGAGGGUAAAAAGAAGAACAAAAGGGCAAUGUGCAUAAUGGUUUCUCACUAUGAACGAGUAGUCAAGCAACUGGACAGGAGCCAAGGCGAAGUGUUGGAGCUCGAAGCUAAAACAAAGUCUCAAGAAGAAGAGCUCAAAGUGCUGAAGCUGAAACUCCAGCAGUGCGACAAUCAAGGGGAAGAAAUAAAAUUGUUGAAGCUGAAACUCAUGCAAAUGGAAGAAGAAAAUGCACAACUAAAUCAUGAGAUGUUGAAAAAUUCUACUAAAGUGUCACAGCUCAUGUCCAAAACAGACUCUCAAAAGAAAGAGAUCACCUCACUAAAGCAGACAGUCCUGGAACAGGAAACAGAAAACAAGCAACUGAAAGAAGAGAUUGCCGAUUACAAUACUUCUGGUGACACCUCUAAAAAGUCUUUAAGCCUUCUAGUACCUGUGACUUACAGCAGAAGCUGGCAGAGAUCACUUGCUUCUCUGCUUGAAGAACUUCCAGCCUUGCAGUGUAACAACUACAACUAUGAGUUCUGGGCCAAGAUAAAGAGUUGGCUCCUCAAAGGAGAAGUGGAUCCUCAGUACGUCUUUCAACUUGUCAGAAUAAAAUGCCCUCCCGAGGCUUGGCAGGCAAUAGAAGAGAAGUUCAGCAGCAAAGACCUGACCGAGAUGGCCUCUUCCAACCUUUCAACAAGUGGCAAACUGGAAAAACUCUGGAAGUGUGUUUCAGAAGCUCUUGGGCCAGGUACCAAAUUGUUUCAGCUGUAUUACCACCGAAGGCAAAAGGUUGGUGAAACAUUUGAGGAGUAUAUUCUGGAGAAGUUCAGGCUGUAUUGUUCCUACGGGGUGGACAAGAUGGAGCCGGACAAGAACGACCAACAUUUUCUCUGUAAUGUCCUCGAGAAAGCAGCAAACAACUAUCAGAUCUUAGAGCUGCAGUACCCCACAAGCUACAAUGACUUGCUGAUCAAAGCCAUGCUUAUUGAGAAUAUGCCAAGGUCAAUUGAGUGGAACAACAAGUGCUUCAACUGUGGCAAGAAAGGCCACACUAAAGCUGAGUGCAGAAGACCAGGAGGGGGCGCAGAGGUCGGGCGGAACCAGUGCUUUACAUGUGGGGGGUAUAAUCAUAAGGCCAAGAAUUGCUGGACUUAUUAGCAAGUGAUCAGGAAUGGUGGCCUACAUCUUAAGUGUCAGAUAGCAUACUUUCUGUGCUAAACUACAAGUCCUGCAAUUUACUAACCCUUGUCCAUUUGAAAGUUGAGGUUCUAUCACCCUCCAUAGCUUGUAUAUACACCAUAUACAGUCUUUUUCUUCUUUUUCUGGCUGCUCCCAUUAGGGGUCACCACAGCAGAUCUGUUCCGCAUAUUUGAUUUGGUAUAGGUUUUAUGCCGGAUGCCCUUCCUGGCGCAACACUCCCCAGUCUAUCCAGGCUUGGGACCGGCACCAGCACCAAGUAUGUACGGUCUUGUACAACCCAAGUGGCUGGAUGUUUUGCCUAUGCCAUAUACAGUACUCUUGCAUAAAGCAGCAUUAAUUUCUCCUAAAUAUAAAGUUACGUUUUACGCUUUGCUUGACAACCAGGUGUUGAAAGUGGUAGGGUUAUGAACGAUAAUUCAUCGAAAAAAAUAAUCAAGUAUUAGGUAACUGAUAUGCCAUCCACUCUACCUGCUAAUGACGCUUCAUUAUAAACAGUUCCUUGGCUUUCUUUAGUCUUUGAACUGGCUGUGUAACUUUUUGAUUUGAUCUGUGGGUGGUAGAAAUGGGCAACUGGACU